GGGUCCGCUGUGGGAUGGAGGUCACGGGCAGGGAAGGGGACCCAACCUCAGUAAAGAACUUGGCUAGGGGAAGAGAGAUGAUGGCUCAGCUUAUGGCUGAGGCAGCGUCCCCGGGUGUGUCCCCAGGUGUCCUCGAGUAGCCUACGGGGACCCACAGGGAGGGCUGGGGUUUAGCCUCUGCCUCUGUCCCCUGGCUGUGUCCUGGAGAAGGACAUCGUGCCUAAUGUUCACAAGAGCCUCAGAUGGGCUGUUGGGAGCCUCCUCUUCACUGGUCUGGGGAAGGAGCGGGGCUGAGGCCAGGCCGGCUCAGCUCUUCCCGGUCCCUCCUGCAGUCUGACUCGCUGGUGGUGUGCGAGGUGGACCCAGAGCUAAAGGAAAAGCUGAGGAAAUUCCGCUUCCGAAAAGAGACGGACAAUGCGGCCAUAAUAAUGAAGGUGGACAGAGACCGGCAGAUGGUGGUGCUGGAGGAAGAAUUUCAGAACAUUUCCCCAGAUGAGCUCAAAUCUGAGUUGCCAGAGAGACAGCCCAGGUUUGUGGUCUACAGCUACAAGUACGUACACGAGGAUGGCCGCGUAUCCUACCCUUUGUGUUUCAUCUUCUCCAGCCCUGUGGGCUGCAAGCCGGAGCAACAGAUGAUGUACGCAGGGAGUAAGAACAGGCUGGUGCAGACGGCGGAGCUCACAAAGGUGUUUGAAAUCCGAACCACUGACGACCUCACUGAGACCUGGCUCCAAGAGAAGUUGUCUUUUUUUCGUUGACCUUUGAGCCAGGAACUUGAACUCAUGAUGUCUGGGUCCCCAAGAGGACGGAAGACUCAGACCCCCUAGGAUCUGAACAUUCAUGACUGUAAAAAAAAUUAAAAGUGCCAGAACUCAGCGGUG